GUUUUUGGAACUCACUAGAUAACCUUCUUAUUUCGCAUAACUCGUAGUCCAAGUUCGAUUUGUGAAACGACAAGAUGACGACACACUUUCUCUUUCUUCUAAUCUGUGCUUCGUUUGCUUUGAAAACCUGCCAGUGUCGGAACCUUUGGAGCGCAGAUCUGCCGGAAAUCAGAAACGUGUCUUUAGAAAAAGGAAAACCAAUCCAAAUAGAAAGCCCUCACACUCAAAUACAGGUCUGCGAGCUCAACGGUACCAUCUACUCCGACACCUUGUCACAGCUUGGAAACGUCACAGAACUUCGUAUUUGUCGCAGCAACAUCGAAAAAAUAGAACCAGGUGCUUUAUGUUCGUCGCAAUUAAAAACACUAGAGCUGGAUUUCUACACUCAGUCGCAACCACCCACACUGAGUAAAGAAGUUUUCGAUAAUUGCGACAUAGAAGAACUGAUUUUGAGGUUCGGUGAAGAUAGUACUAUUUACAAGAUUGAUGACGACGCUCUGGGGAAUCUUACCAAUUUGAAAAAACUAUAUCUACAAGGGUACAAUUUAGAACACGUUGAGAAAAACUUUUUGAAACUACCACACAACGAGUUGACAGUUUUAGAGUUUUCUCUUUGUAACAUACACCAAAUUGAUAGUGACGUGUUCGAGGAUUUGAAAGAUUUGGAGUCGAUUGCGAUCGUGCAUAAUCGAGAGUUGAAAAGUCUUCCAAAAGAUUUGUUUAAAAACAAUUCGAAGUUGAAAACGCUUACUCUGCGAAGCAAUGCAAUCGAGAAUGUGACUUGGGACGAGUUUGAAGGACUAGCGAAUCUAGAAACGUUAACUAUGUCUGAAAACAGGAUUAAUCAGUUUGAUGCUGACAAAAUUGCAACAAAUUUGCCUAACUUGAAGUACCUUAAUAUUGAUCUCAAUCCACCACCUUGCAAGCAAAAAGAAGCAUUUGUCAAUGAGUUGAAGACCAAGUUGACAAAUGUUGACGUGACUUAUAAGUUCGAUCCUGGUUAUUACGACUCGUGCGAAGACGAAAUUUAAACGAAUUAACACAACAUAAAUCAAACGUUUCCUACAAUUAUUAUUAUUAAAUAAAAAAUCUUCACGCAAACACAAACAAUUCACUGAUUAUUUAGAGAAAGGUCAUGACACUGUUCUUUGAUUAUUCAAAUCCAAUUUAGUUCAGAAAUAACACUGUUAUCAGACACUAUUUAAUUUGUUACAAGUCAGCAAUAAUGAAUUUUCCGACGUUCCUCGCCUUUUUUUUGUUUCACCCGUUUCCAAAUUCGGCCGCCAAAAUUUAUCAAAACGCCACAGAGCUAUACAUCAGUGGAUUGACAGGCACUUUUAAGUACGAAACCCUGUCGGACUUCGCCGAUGUGAGUAAGCUCAAAAUUUUUGACAAUCGUGUUACGAAAAUCGAACCUGGGGCUGUUUGCUCGUCUCCUAGUGUCAAAAGUGUCGAGCUGAACUUUGCCGGGAAUUCUGAGGCUCCCACUUUGACUAACGAUGUCUUCAGGUUGUGCCAAUUCCAACUACAGCAGUUGUUCAUUAGGCUAGAUUUCGACAAUCCUUCUCAAAUCGAUAAAGAAGCUUUGAGAGAUUUGAAUUUACGUGAGUUGAGUCUCCAGUGUCACAAAGUAGGAAUUCUAGAUCAAGAUUUUUUAACUUUGAACACUUUGAAUUUAACACGACUGGUGUUAUCGAACUGCUAUAUCCACAAAAUCGAUAGACAUUUCUUCAGUCGAAUGGAGAAGUUAGAAGAGGUUGAAAUUAGUUACAAUAGAAACUUGACUCAUUUACCGAAGAACUUGUUUAUUAAAACACCAAAUCUGAAGAGGUUGUUUCUACAGCACAACAGUAUUAGAGAACUGGAAUGGGAUGAGUUCGCCGGACUCAAUUUUCUCCAAGAAUUAGAUCUGUCAGGAAA